ACAACCCACCACACCUUUUACCAUCUUCAAUCACAAUCUCCUCCACAUCAUAAAAUACAUCUCACACCAUCUCAUCCCAAUCCCUCUUUCUAUCCAGCUCACCAAAUGGCCAAUCCAUCUAGUCCCACACCCCUCCGCAUCCUCUGUUUCGGCGACAGCCUAACAGAAGGCUACUCAAUGUACGGCAUGCACUGGAGUCCAUACUCGAAAACACUUCAGACUGCUUUAGAAGAGCAGCUAGGAAGUGAAUGGAAGGUUGAGAUUGAGACGGAUGGUGUGAGCGGACAGCUUGUCACGACGGGGUUUCGGAGGAGGAUGGAGGGGCUGUAUAGAGCAGACCGCACCCGCGAAAGUCCCUUUGAUUGGGUUAUCUUUCUAGGCGGAACAAACGACCUCGCCUACAGCAUCUUGCCCACCAAAAUCUACGAUGAGAUUGAAGCGAUCACCGCGCUACCACUCGAGACAGGAGCUCAGGUUUUGACGCUGACGGUCCCAGAAUGUGGUGUCAAGAGUGCGAAGUUGGAUGGGAGGAGGGGUGAGUUGAAUAGGUUAAUUAAGGAGGAUGGGAGGGAGAAUGUCUACGCUCUCGAUCUCCAUGCCUUAAUACCCUACCAUUCCAUGCCCGAAGCCGAGCGUGACGAGAUCUGGGAUGAUGGACUGCAUUUUACGCCUACGGGGUAUGAGAGAGUUGGCUUGCUGGUUGCGAAGCGACUGCUUGAACUUCUGAAGAGUGGCGAGACGAGUGCUGAGAGUGGUGAAGAUGUUCAAGGAAGCAGGUAAACCGGAGAAGGGUGUGGAUUUAGAUGGCAAGACUUGAGGUUUUGAAUGUCGCCGGUUUUCCUCUCCAGUGGGAAGGAGUGGGAAGGUCAUGAGCUGAGAGAAACUAUAUUUGAUGCACAAGGAGUGGAGUUCUGGUUACACAUAGAGUAAGGUAUAGACAGAAAAGUUUUUCGACCGUUCUAGUACCUAUCACAUUUGCAACUCUCCUGGCCAGGUACAGAAGGCUUGAUCUGGACCCAAGAUUUGGCUAGUCUAAAUACAGUACUUUAGCGAGGUGACUGUCUGUAAUGCCGUUCUCGAAAAGGAAGCUCGAGGCUGCGACGUGCA